AUGACGAGGGACCAGAAUGGAACCUGGGAGAUGGAGAGUAACGAGAACUUUGAAGGCUACAUGAAGGCCCUGGAUAUUGAUUUUGCCACCCGCAAGAUCGCAGUGCGCCUGACUCAGACCAAGAUCAUUGAACAAAACGGCGAUAACUUCAAAACGAAAACCAACAGCACGUUCCGCAACUACGACCUGGACUUCACCGUUGGGGUAGAGUUUGACGAACACACGAAGGGCCUGGACAGCCGGAAUGUUAAGACGCUGAUCACCUGGGAAGGUGACAUCCUUGUGGCUGUGCAGAAGGGGGAGAAGCCCAACCGCGGCUGGAGGCAGUGGGUGGAGGGGGACAAGUUGUACCUGGAGCUGACCUGUGGGGACCAGGUGUGCCGUCAAGUGUUCAAAAAGAAGUGA